AUGAUCGUCAUCAACGCCUUCGAAUGCCCUCGCAAGCCAUCCCUCGUUUUCGACCCGAACAUCUUCGUCAUGAGAGAGCAAUGGCAUUGCUUCAACCUUACAGCACUCUACUUCAGCCAAUCUGCACUCAACAUCUUUUCCGACUUAUUCAUCCUCGUUCUACCUUUGCCAAUUCUUAUCAAGCUGCAUAUGCCAAUGGUGAAACGUAUUAGCUUGUUGAUUGUAUUCUCGGUUGGUCUUCUGGUUCCUAUUGCAGCAUCGUUCCGCCUCUGGAUUAUCUAUCUCUGGCACGAUGCGCCUCCAGAUCUCUCUCGUUAUUACGGAGGCUACAUCCUGUUCUGGGACGCCGUCGAACUCAACACUGCUAUUAUAUGCGCAUCGGCUCCUUCUCUCCAGCCCCUCUUUAGGCGCGUUUUCGGCGAGCUGCGCACCCUUUCACGGGGUCGGUCGGCGUAUUACUACUACGGCGAUGAUAGGGAGGGUACCAUGACGACCCAAACCACGAUCGGAAGAAGAAGAAGUAGGAGGCUAGACCAGGAUGUUCCCUUACAGCGACGACCCGCGUCUCGAGAAGUGCCGAAACGAAGCAAUGAAGACCUAGAAAGCAUCAGGGAGAUGGAGAACGAGGAAGACGUCAUAACCAGGGUACAGACAUACUCUACCAGACCAAAAAGUACGCAUUCCGAAUCGCACGCACCGAAGUCACCUGCGCGACCGCGAGAUAUACUGGCUUUUGACUGA